CAUACACUGUCCUAACGCCUCUCACUACGUCCAACAAACACUGGUCACGGGCGGACCAAUUCACUCUAAUCCUCACUCUUUUCCUCUUGGCGGGAUCCAGUGCAUUGCUUGGCCUGCAAUCGCCUCCCGCCUGUCCCUUUACCCACUUACUUCCCCAUUCACGCACAUCUCGCUCUCCAGACCAGCGACUCGAGCUCGUCACCCUCGUAUUUCAUGGCCAGAGACUGUCGACUGCCCGCACCAUCUUAAAGGCUCGGGCCUGGUGCACUCACUCCGUCGACGUGCAUAUACUGCCGAAGACGACGGUCGCCCGCCUAGCGCGCUGUACAAACAUCCAUGGACUCAAACCCUCGGCCGCGCAACCCCCCGAACGGGCUGCCCGGGAACAGGAGGCCAAGCAAUGAAGCUCGCCGUCCGCCUGGCGCCCCGGGAGGCCCGCCUUCGUCCUCAAAUUCCUCAACAGUGCAGUCGGGGAUAUCGCGCGCCGAACGGUUUGACGAAGAACGGCGAAGGAUCAACGAAAGUGCCUUCGCCAAGGUCGACGACCAGGGACAGCCUAUUGAAUCUUACAUAACCCACAUCCGCGUCCAAGAAGAUGGCGCUUACCCGCAAACACCGCCCCCGCCGAAUGGCAAUCCCUCUAACAAGAAGAAUCGAGUCAUUAUUGUAUCCGUACGUGCCACCGGUCGCGUGCGUCUCCACAAGGCUCGCGAGAAUGCAAAUGGUACCUUCUCAAUUGGAAAGACGUGGAAUAUGGAGGACCUCUCCGGCAUCGAGAAUUUUGUCCAUCUGGUUCCUGCCAAUGAGGACGAGGCACAGAGGAUGAGGUGGGCUGGUGACUGUGGGUUUACCGUAACCAUCCAGAAGCCCUAUUACUGGGAAGCUGGUACCCCCAAAGAAAAAGAGUUCUUUAUUAGCAGCAUGGUCAAGAUCUACCACAAAUAUACUCAGGGGAAAUUCCCAGUACUGUCAGGUUUCAAUGCUGCGGAACUAAAUGCGUUGACGGCGGGAAGGCCGCAGCUGGCAACAGCGGAGGGACGCGCGCAGUUCGACAGGGAGAAACCAGGAGGCCCUCCACAAAGACUGGGUCAGUCUCCACAGAUACCUCCACCUUCACCUCUGCCGCCAGGCAUCCAAAGGGGGACUCCGCCCCCAGGAGAAGAGAGAAGACCACCUCCGUUGAGAGACGAACGACGACCGCCACCACUAUCAGAGGAUAGGCGGCCGUCGUCUUUCAGGCCUAGGCCAACAACUGCAGACGAGGAGCGAAGGCCUCCACCACGACGCCCUCCGACGGCAGAAGGCGACAGAAGGCCACCACCGUUGCGGGGACCCCCUCCCCAAGGCCGGCCUUGGACUGGUGAUGAAGACCGAAGACCCCCGCCUCUUCGAGGCCCCGGCCAAGGUACUCCACCACUCCCUCCAUUCGCACAGGGCCCAGAUGGACAGCGACGCCCAAGGCCGAGACCUUCCAUGGAACAGGGCAUGCGAUCGUCGCCAAGCCGAGAACAGAUGGAUAUGCGCUCGCCGCCUAGCAGGGAACAAAUGCGCGCGAUGCCUGGACAAGCGCCGACACCUCCACUUUCACAAAGGCUGACACCUCAGUCUUCACGAUCAGAGUUCGCUGCCCAUCGACCUAAAACACCAGAAACCGGGAGCGUCUCGUCUAUCCCGGUAAGCCUGAGCCCCGGACGACGACCACAGGCAGAUGAUGCUCGAUCUCAGAGGUCAAUAGAGGAGUCAUCCUUGGAUGGUGCGGGAUUCGGUACUAUGGCGGGAGAGCAGCGCAAGCAAAAUGGUUUUCCUUCACCGAACCGCAGGGAUCCUUCUCCAAAGGGCUUGAGGCCGGGCACGGCGCAAAGUAAUGCAAGCUCGGCAUUUUCGCGCAAUGAUGACGCUCAGCCAGAAGAGCGCCCCCUACGUACUGCUCCACCAGAACGGAGACGACCUCCGAUGCUCACCGCUCAGUCACAGAGCAGCGUUGGAAGCGGCUCGAACAACGAAUUCCACACUCCCGUUCAGUCUCCACCACCACCUGCAAUUCUGCAGGCUGGCAGGCAGCCGCAGAAACCUGCCAUGUUCGUCGAGGCACGACAGAACACGGCUCAGAACGUCCCCGAACCUUCCCAACUUCCAAAAUCCUCACAACCUUUCCAGCCUCCUCCCACCUCACCUCUUCCGAAAAUACCAACGGUCACGGAAUCAAAACCUCGUACGACUGCCAUUGAAGAAGUAAAACCAGCCGAGAUCGAGCCAGAGCCUGCUGCAAAGCCUGUUGCUCCGACGGAAGAUGAAGAGGAAGCUGCGCAUCGACCUGGAUUAGGCCCAAUGAUCAAGAAGAAAACGGGGGACAACCAAAAUGCAGCAAACGCAAUUCGCAAAGCAGCAUUCGCCCUUGGUGCAUUCAAGCCCCGUGCAGGUGGCGCUGCUGAGAAAUUAUUUGCCAAGGAGACGAAAACAUCAGAUGAACCGGAUGGUAUCAGCGGGGUAUUUGUUCCACAGCGUCCGACCCCCAAGGAAGAGAUGGAAAAGAAACUGGAACAAGACAAUAAGCCCGGACCAGAUCGGUCGUCAAAAGAGCGGCCCAAGAUUGAUACAGAAGUGGUCCCUUCCGUAACAGUCUCGAGCCCAUUGUCUCCGACCCCCGUCAUGCCGCCAGCAGACACUGAACAGAAGUCCCCAGCGCGCUCUCCCAGCUCGGACAAGAAGGCUGCUAAAGCUGAGGCCGAAGCGGAAGUGCGGCGCAAGAAGAGACGGUCCAACCAGCAGGUCAAGAACAUUUCGAGACUUGGGAUUGAUCCAGGGAUGCUUGAUGGCCGUGGACUGGAGUUUGAAAAUCUACUGUCUGAAUUCGGCUGGGGUAGCAGCGAGCUUUCAGGCAAGAACAUUGAGUCACUUGAAGCUGACAUCAAGCGAGAGAUUGCUCGCGUUGAAGCUGGCAGCUGGCUCAACCAUCUGGAACAAAAAGAUGAACGAGUCGAGGCUGUGGAGAAAAUGCUGGAUCGUGCGAUUGCAGAGUGUGACGAGCUCGAAGGGCUUCUUACCCUCUACAAUGUUGAGCUUAGCAGCUUAAACGACGACGUUGCAUUCAUCGAAGCUCAGAGCCAAGGAUUACAAGUGCAAACGGCGAAUCAAAAGCUGUUGCAAACUGAGCUCCAGCAACUAGUUGAUACCAUUUCUAUAACUGCUGACCAACUAGAACCUUUGAGACGUGCACGUAUAGGUAAGGUGAACGAUUUGAUGGAUAUUGAGUCAUCCCUAGUACUUCUUUACAAAGCCCUGAUCACCAUCGAUCCCGCUUUUGCAGAAGCCAGUCGAGCGAGUGCCGCCGGGGAUAUGAGCAAGCUCACCAGCAUCUCGGGCUUUGGAAAUAGCGAGCUUGCAACAAUGCGUGCACUCCAGGAGAAGAAAGAUCGGUAUAUCAACGAAAGUGCAAUGUUCCUCGACCGGUUAAAGCAGCAUAUGGCGAUCACUUUCGGCGCUGCCUUCAUUCAAACUAAAGACAUCCUUGCCAACAUCGAUCAAACAGCAAUGCCUUCAACGAGAGCCAAUAUUGAUGCCCACGAUGCCGGUCGCAGUCAGUUAUGGAUGUUUAGUCCUCUCAUACUCUUUGCCAAGGAAAUUGACCGAGCUUCUUGGGAUGAAUUGAUCAAGAUGUACCAAACUCAAGCCGGUCAGAUCUAUCAAGACGAAAUACGAGAUAAUAUCUUGUCCUGGAAACGGUUUGCACGGAAGCCGACGGGUGAAGAACAGGAGCUCCUAUUUACAGCUCAAGAAAAGGAGCCUGAGAGUAUAACUGGUGCAGCGAGAAAAUUGACCGUGAAACGAAGUCAAACGCUUGCCCGGGGUCUACGAGCAGCAUCUGGAGAUAAGGAAGGUAAAGUCGACAAAUCUCAAGCCGGCAAGCUAUACGGCUAUGACGUGUUUUCUAAAGCUCUUGACGAUGUCGGUCCGGUUCUUUUGACGGAACAAAAUUUUGUCACGGACUUCUUCCACGCUACUUCUUCCGAUGCUGUAGAUUUCCCUGAUGCAGUCCAAGCCGCACCUCCCGAGGAACGCCGCGGUGCAAAUCUUUACAGCCGGAAACAGUUUGAAUCCGAUCGAGCCAUGGCUAAGCGUGUGGCGGAAGUCAUGGAAGAAAUCUUCUCUUUCUGGCCUACUGAGAUACAAAAUCUUGUUGAAUGGGCCGUGAAGGCAGAUCCUUUGCAAGGAGUUGGCAUCCUCUGCGCUGUCGACCAAAAACUCUUCGAGAUUGAGGAUUCAAAUCAAGACUUCCUCACUCGUACGCUUCAGAAGGUUCAUGAGCGACUUACCGGCCUUUUCAUCCGGUUUGUCGACGAGCAAAUCCGUGCAAUAGAAGACACGAAAGUCAAGAUCAAGAAGCGGAAAGGGGUGAUUGGGUUCAUGAAAACAUUCCCCCAUUUUUCUGUCGCCAUCGAGAAUAUGUUGCCUGCUGCCGAUGACGAGGAGCAACUCGAGAUUAGGCGCAUGGUCGAUGACGCCUACCAAAAGAUCAAUAAGGCAAUGUUUGAGAGCUUAAAGGUCAUCGCCAAAGAGUCUCCCGCUGUCAUGGCAACACAAGGACAGGGCGAUCCCGAGGAUAAGGAGGCCCUGAACUACCAUAUCCUUCUCAUUGAGAACAUGAACCAUUACAUGGAGGAAGUAGAUGCGCGUGCCGACCCCAUGUUACUAGAAUGGAAAGCCAAGGCAGAAGAUGAGAUGAGGGAACAUAUGAACCUCUAUGUGGAUGCUGUGAUGCGGAGACCUUUGGGCAAGCUUCUGGAAUUCAUUGAAUCCACCGAGACCCUUCUUGCCCAGCCGGGCACCACGCCGCAAUCAAUCGCGACUCGCUCAUCGCACUCCCGAUCUCUGUUCCGUAAACUAGUCAAUUCAUAUGAUGCCAAGGAAGUACGGAAGGGCAUUGAAGCGCUCAAGAAACGAGUCGACAAGCACUUCGGCGAUGCAGACGACCCAAGCAUCAGCCGCGAUCUCGUAUUCAAGGUCCUCAAGGAAUGCGAAAAGAAGUAUAGCGAUAUCUACGACCGCACCACCCGAAUUAAUCAAGAUGUAUACACAGGCGAGGUAGAGAUGGACUGGGGUCCUGGCGAAGUCGCAGCUGCGUUCCGUCGGUAGGCAGUGCCCUGUAGCGAUUUGCUUGAUUCGUAUGUUGUUUGCAUACAUGUUUUGGGGACUCUUGGACAUAGCACAUGCGCGCAUGUUCCUCUGGCGUUUUAUGGGUUGGAAGUAAGCGCAUCGUUAGGAGGGUUAGCUAGGCUGGAAGCGCUCAAUCUUCAAGUAUUUGCAGUGACAAGCAGAAUCGGUUUCCUGUUGUGCACUUACCUCUGUUCUUAGCGCAUGGUUCAUUUAACAAGGCUUGCUACUUAAGGUUGGCACAAUUCGUAAGUAGCUCGAACAUCGAUCCU